UUGAUGUUCUUCCUCUGUAGUCCGGUCUGAACGGACACAUAUACAAGAUGCCUGAAAUCCCAGAUACCUUUCCAGAACUGUCUGAGAUGAGUGUUUCUCAACUGAAGGACAUGAGCGAUCAAGAUGACGUGCUGUUGGAGUUCUUCAUGUGUCUGCCUCAGCUCAAACAAGUAACCUCUGACAAAGAGGAGCUGGUCAACAACAUCGUAGAGAUCGCCAAGAAGAACCUACAGCUCGAGCCUCAACUGGAGGGCAAGAGACAAGAGAUGUUGUGUAAAUAUGAACAGUUAACCCAGAUGAAGUCGGUAUUUGAAACCAAAAUGCAAAGACAACAUGAGCUCAGUGAGAGCUGCAGUCUGAGUGCGCUGCAGGCCAGAUUAAAGGUGGCGGCCCAUCAGGCUGAAGAGGAGUCUGAGGAGACAGCGGAGAACUUCCUGGAGGGAAAGACAGAAAUUGACGACUUCCUAACCAGCUUCAUGGAAAAUAGAACGCUUUGUCAUUGCAGAAGAGCCAAAGAGGAAAAGCUCCAGCAAUGCAUGACCGUUCCCUACCACACAUUAGAUUGAAUGCCCCAGGUUUGGGAUCAAUCUACCAUCAGACCGGUGAGCUUAAGACAAGCAGCACAUCUUGUGGCCUACAGCCUUGAGUGGGCAAACCUAGAUACAUAUGAAAAAGAGAUUUCGGCAUCAUUUAAUGAAAUCAGUGAGUUUUGCACAAAAUUUCCAGAAGUGUUACACUCCCUACUAAGUGUUAGUAGGCCAGAUGUGAGUACUUCUGGAUGAGCCCAGUCUGGCUGUGACCCAAAGGCUGUAAUCAGAGGAGAGCAAUCUGUGCUUAAUAGUGUUCAGAAACAGGAUGAGUUCUAAGCUUAUUAGUUCAGUUUGAGUUUAUGUGACAAAUGGGGUUGGGCCUUGUACGCACUUGAAGAUGAUUUUGAAAAAUGUUAAUGCUGCCGACAAAAACAUACUGUAUUUAAUAAUGUUGAUAAAAGCCUUUAUUAUAAUUAGACGUUGUAUUAUGUUUAUUUAAUUUGAUAGGUUAAUAAAACAUUUAGAAUAAUCUCUGCUAUGGCUUAAGUGUGGCUUUGCAUCUUCAGUAACAGUUCAGAGGUAUAUGCACAAUAUAUAGGUACCAUAUCAGUUGUGAGCUUUUUUAAUUUAUUCAUUUGGUAUUGGUAAGUAUUGGACAUUUAAUUGUGCUCAUUUCCUCUAUUUUUACAUUAAGAUUAUGUUUGCCAUAACAGUGUAAAGCAUCACUCAUAGGGGACAUCGGAUGCAAAAUUCACUUUCACAUGGUGUUUGCAUAUAAAUGUGUCUUAGCAGUGUGUGGACACAAACCACCCUACAAUGAUAAAAAUCCAUUCACUCUUAUUUUUUAAACCCCAAAAACCUGAACAGUUUCAAUUAUCAAGCCGUUUUGAUUUUCUGAGCAGUAUGAUGUCAUAUUGCUCAAGCCCCGCCCACGGCGGCUGACGGACUGUCCUGUAUUAGCAUAUUUCCACCCUUGGCCAGUUGUAUGCUUGUACAAUGUCUCAUAAGCAAUGCAGGUGUUUUGUAGUUGGAUGUAAAAGUGAACAUAAGAGUCUUCAUUUUAUCCCAACAUCAGAGCCACUGAGGAUGCAGUGGAUUAGUUCUGUUUUUGAUGGUAACGCGCCACCGAAUACAC